GUGGAGUGAUGCUGUGAGGCAGCACUUCACUUCCUUCUAGGAGACAGUGACUACCUGCUUCUGGCUCAGCUAUGCACCUGUACCACAACUCUCAGUCCAGGCCGGACCUUCUCCCCUCUGAAGCUCCACCGGGUCACGGCCACCUCGGGUUGCCCAGAUCUCCUGUUUGCACACCUGAGCAGACAGCAUCAACGUCAACGAGCCGCCACAAGGAAUCCACACAGCCGUGUCCAUCACUGAGCAGAGACUGGUUUUGUCCGGUCUGCUUACAGACAUCCAGCUUCCCGGUCCAGACCAACUGUGGCCAUUUGUUCUGUGCUCCCUGUCUGAUCGCCUACUGGAGACAUGGAUCCUGGUUGGAUGCAAUCAGCUGCCCUCUCUGCAGACAGAAGGUCAGUGAGCUGUGUAACCUGUUUAACGAAACCCGAUCAGACCGCCAGUCGAAGGAAGUUCUCGGGGAAAUCACAGACUACAACAAACGUUAUUCUGGAGCCCCGCGAAGGGUAACAGACUACCUGUGUGACGCUCCCCUUCUCCUGCAGCUGCUGGCCCGAGGCCUGGGCGACAUCGGAGGACUGGUGUGGUUGUUUUUCUUCAGAGUGGCCCUGUGCUGCGUGGGGACGGUGGUGUCCAUCUCCUCCCCUCCUCUGGACGCCGUCUCCUCCUCAGCGAAUCCUCUGGAGACAGACCCGUCCCUGUGUGGGCUGCUGGGGGUCCUGGAUGACCUGGUGGUGGUCAUCCUGCUCCUCAUCUGUGUCAUCAACGUCAACCAGCAGAUGGCACCAGAGAGAGGAGGACAAUCCGGGAAUACUGUGAACUCUCAAAGAGUGAUGGGGAGUUCACUGUAGACAGAUGCUGCUGGAGUCUCUACAAGGAGCAUUUGACAUGGACUUUGAUAGGAUUUCUGCAUUCUGGCCGUAGCUUGUUGGAUCAGUGGAUGUAAAAAUAUUGACGACAGCACUAUGUGUAACAUUCAAAAUGUUCCACAGCGUCCUAAGCCUCUCAGAUUGUGGACUCAAGUGUUUACAGAGCUCAUGUAGGAGUGAUAUCUAAAAUACAAUGUCAUAAAGUGUGCUGGUUCAGCUGUGAUUACAAAUUCCUAUUCUGUGAGUGUAAGUGCCUGAGGCCUGGAGUGUUUGUUUGGGAGUAGAAUCCUGAAUUUAAAUUUAAAUUUCAUCCUAUAUAUAUAUUCAUUUCAAUCCAUAUUUUUUACCCCAAAAAACUGUCCACUUUGUUAUUAUUACUCCUCCAACUGGGCGGCAAUUUUGUUUCAGCAAGCUCAAGACAGGCUGUCAUGUCAGUACUGUAAUAGUAUGUACUAUGUAAAUACUUUAUAUCAUAUGAAUUUAUGUUUUUGUGUAAAAUAAAUAAUAUUUA